UGUGAGCAGCGCUGUGGCGUGUUAAUUUUUGUCUUCCUUACAUUGUUUCCACAUUUUAUGAUAUUGAUACGUAUAAUUAUUACGUCAGGAUAUAUCUAAGUGCAUAUUUAUUGAUUUUCGUACAAUGCCGAAGCGUGGUGGUGGAAAACCUAGAAAUUUGAGAGGUGGUCUUGACCAUUAUGAACACGAUGAUCGCACGCACAGUAAUCUCACGCGCCGCGUCAGUUUCAAGCCAGGAGCAUUUAAAGGCAAAGGAAAAUUCCGAGGUUUUAAUGACCCAAAACUAUUACUCGAUGACGACAUUGACAUGGGCGCCAAUUCCGGGGGUCCCGGACACAUGAACAACCGUAAGGGCGGGUUUAGGGGCCGUGGAGGCCGACUGACGCCAACACCACGCCGUCCCGGUGGCCCUAGAAGAUUCAUACCAGGUCCGAUUCCCUGGUACCAAAUCGUCAUUCCAUAUGGAGGCAAGCAUCCUAAAGAGGUUAUUUUAAAAGCUUUGCUAGGCUUCAUAUCACCAGAAGUGUUCAUACCCCACUAUUACAAAAUCAAUGGCAAUGCUGCUGUUUUUUAUGUGGAUGACGUGAAAGUUGCAGAGAAACUAUUUUAUACAGACAGGAAGAUUGUUAUGUCUGAUGGUUUUAAGCUGGUUGUCAUGGUCCGGAAUACUGCUCCAAAUGUACAAAUUGAUGCAGAGAUGAAGGAAAAGAUGAAGCUUGUAAUGGCAAAGAGAUAUAAUGCUGCUACAAAAGCAUUAGACUUAACUAAGUUCCAUGCUGAUCCAGACCUAGCAGACAUAUUUUGUGCACUGUUCCGUCCACAAAUAAUGCUGGCAGCCAUAGACAUCAUGGCUGAGAACAUUCCGGACCUAGAAGCUCUAAAUCUUAAUGACAACAAAAUGCAUGGCAUUGAACACUUGAAAAUCCUAGCGAACAAAUUGAAGAGUCUGAAGAUUUUGUAUUUGGGAGACAACAAGAUACCUUACAUUGGAUCACUGGAUUGCCUGAAGUCACUGCCGCUAGUGGAGCUGUACCUCAAAGGAAACCCACUGGUCACCAGGUGUAGUGACCAUGACAUAUAUGUCAGCGAUGUGCGGAAGAAGUUCCCCAAGCUCGUCAGAUUGGACGGCGUGGACCUCCCUCCAGUGAUCGGUUUCGACGUCGCCGAAGACUCUGCGUUACCACCUCGAAAACAAUCCUUCCUCGUUGACGAGGGGGGGAAAGAUCUCGUCCGCGAUUUCCUGACACAGUACUUCGCCAUAUACGACUCUGACUCGCGGCAGCCGCUGUUAGAUGCGUACCACGAGCACGCUCAUAUGUCGAUGGCUGCGAGCUACUUGACCUAUGAUGGGAGGAGUAAUUCCGCGGGGACCAAACUAACCAGCUACAUAACAAACAGCCGCAACAUAAUCCGCAUCCAAGACAGAGACUCGCGGCGCCGCUACCUGCGAACAGGCAAGCUGCAGGUGGUGUCGUUCCUCUCUGAUCUACCUAAGACCCAGCACGACCUGCUGGGCUUCGCUGUGGACUUACCUGUCUUUACUCCGACCAUGAUCGUCCUAGUAAUGAACGGCGUGUUCAAGGAGACCAGCGUAGCGGGCACCCCCACCCGCUCCUUCCAUCGUACCUUCGUCAUCGUGCCCAACGCCAACGGCGGGUUCUGCGUCAUGAAUGACAUGCUGUUCAUCACCAACACCACCAAAGAUCAGGAGGAGCAAGCUUUCUCAUCCGGCGCGCCCAUAGCGCCGGCUCCAGCCGCGGCGCCGGCGCAGGCGCAGGCGCAGGCGGCCCUCGCACCGCCCGCCGCGCCGGCCGACGACCAGGCCGCGCUGCUCAACAUGCUGAGCCAGCAGACCGGCAUGAACCACCACUGGACCAUGAAUUGCCUACAAGAAACCGGCUGGGACUACCAAAGAGCCCUGCUGAUCUUCAACCAGCUGCACGCCGAAGGCAAGAUACCGCCUGAAGCCUUCGUCAAGUGAACCUCCGGAACCCACGUCGAGGCUGUGCCUACUGUACAUAUAGUUUAAGGAGAUUCAUAUUUUUGUUAGUCGAUUAGGUAUUGUUAAUUAAAAUAUCGAAUUUGAGCGUUGUUGUGACUAGUUAUGUUUGAGUUUAAAGGUCUUUGAAGGACUAAAACUGGGCAUACAUAAGUGGAUAUAAUCUGAACAUUUAGUACAAUGAUGUGUCGCAGUUGUAGCCCUUCGAAUAGCAUUUUAGGCCUGUGCACACCGGCUGCGUGUGCGUAGACAUGCGCGUUGUAAUAUACAGAUGCUUAUGAGAGACGGCACACCGCUUGCGUAACGUGUGCGUGCACGGCUCAAACAUUUUAGCUCAUGUGCACGUCUACGCAAAGGCAGUCAGUGUGCUCUGGCCUUUUAACUAUAAAUUUGCUGAGAAACUGGGUCUGUCAUUGUCUUCAUUAUAGGAUGGCAUUUUACUUGGUUUUUAUUAAGUUUUCUUUGACAUAAAUAUGCCAAAUAAUUUGCGAAAUCACGACCCAAAUAAAGUGCGAUCCGUACGCAGCGUACUACGGAGGCGAACAACACGCGAACGCGAAGCGAAGCGAUGCGGCGCGGGGUGAAUCAAUCCUUUGAUACCUAUAGAAGUGUCCUACGUCGGCGAUCUCGUUGCGAACGCCGCUUCGCUUCGUGUUCGCGAGUGUUUCGCCUACGUAAGACGCAGCGUUAGAUUUAUGAAAAUUAAUGUUUUGUGAUUUCGGGGGUAGGCGGCACUUUGUAUGUUUAAGUUAAAACUUUUAUGGCAUAACUUCUAAUCAGUUCUAUGGAACAAUCAAUGUUAUUUUGCAGUUACAUAAUUUUAAUUAGAAUUACCUCUUUAUAGUUGCAUAAUUAUAAAAGAUGACGACAAUUCUGACUACGUUUGUCGCGGUUUUAGAAUUUAAUUAAAAGAUGAUAGUUUCCAAUUAAAAGAUGCAAGAAACGCGACAAUCGAUGUCGUAAAAAGGAAAAAAAAGAUGGCCCAUUGCAAACUGACUAAUAAGACAUUUGUUCAUAAUUUAAUUUUUUUGAUUCGGAUGUUGUUUAGUGUGAAUCAUACAUUGUUGUAUGAAAUAAUAAGUUCUUAAUUUUUUUAUAAUGGUUAAAGAAAUAUCCUAAUAUCAUUGUAAAAGGACAACAUUUAUAUGCCUUAGUAAGACUGAUUGAAAUCAUUGUUACAAGACGCAAUUAAUAUGCAAGAAAAUAUAAUAAUCUUUAGUUCGUUCGUCAAAUUAGGAUUUUUGUUAUAUUAGGUAGCUAAUCAACUUUGAGAUCUUAUGUUACAAAUGUUGCCAUGAUCCUGAUCGAAAUUCGUAUUGUUAUAUUUAUUGUUUAUUUUAGUAAAAAUGUCCUAUUUUGGAAAAGUAAGAAGUUCGAAAUUGAUUCUAAUGUUUACUAAUUUUUUUUGCCGUACAUGCAUUACUAAAUGUAAGAAUUUAAUAAUCAAACUGCCAAAUGUUUUAGAACACAUGUUUGUCAUUCCUUGAAGUUAAUUCUGUGUACCUAAAAUAAUACGCUAUAACAAAAACAACUUACCUGAGCCAUAGUUGUAGAAUAAACUAACAUUUAGUGCCUUUACAGGUAUUUAUUAUUGUAUAACUUUCUUUAAAAACAUCGUGUUUAUCAAAAUAUGUAUGAAGCAUGAUCGAAAUUUAAUUUUUAGUUAUCUUUAGUAAAUAUCCCAAAAGAUUACAAAAAAAACGAUAACAUUGUACAUAAAUAGGGUUAUCACAUUGGGAUUUAAGGAGCCACAGGACUAACAUUUGGCGCGUGUCUGACAGCUGUCUUGGUGUCCAACAAUGCUUGGUCGAUGGAACCCCGGAUCGGGGGUCCGUACGGGGUUGGAGACCCUGCCCAUGCCAAAGCGACGGAACCCCUUCGCGUGGGCUAGUCGCUCGUUCAAUGCUUGGGAAUAUCACCAUGAAUUUGAAGUGACACCAUUGUUGCAUUGCUGUAUUUUUAUAGACAUUUGCUGACUAUGAAAUUUCUGGGUCUAUGGUACCUUUGGUUGUGAGACAGAGAGGGGACACGUGGGUAACCUAGAGACCGUGUGAGAUUUUGUAGAAUAGUAAUCGCCUUUUCUGCUUGCUGUGGCUUCCUUUGGGCGGGGCUUAGGAGCGAUGCUGAAUUUAUCUCAAUUGUAUAUAAUGAUGAUGGAUAAAAUUAAACUU